UUUGAUCACAGAAUCUACUUAAAAUGAAAUUCUUCGUUGCUUACGUUGCCCUCGUCGCCGUGGCUGUGGCUUCUCCCGUGAAGCGCCCCAUGUCUAUGCCUGACAACAUCUCCAUCGGGCCUGCCUUGGUGGAUGUCGGUGACAUCGCCGUCGGACCCGCCAUCGUUGACUUCCCCAUCCCCGCUCCUUGUGAUGCGGGAGCCGUCGUGCCUUCCCCCGUCGUUAUUGGUGACCUGAGUCCCGAACAGCCCGCUCCUCUCGUCCAGAUCAUUGUCAACGUCAACCAGGCCGGUCUUGCCCCUGCUCCCGUUGGACCCAAGCCCGACCCCGUGAUUGUCGUUGAUGAAGCCGAGGCAGUCCCUAUCGUUGUGGACCCCGUGGAUGUUGUGGAUGUCGUCCCUGUCGUCGACGUGGACCCCGUGAACGUUGUGGACAUCACCCCCGUGGUUGACGUCAGCCCCGUGCAAGUCGUAGACCUUACCCCCGUGAUCGACGUUGGCCCUGUAGGCGUGGUGGACAUUACCCCUGUGGUUGACGUCAGCCCCGUGCAAGUCGUAGACCUUUCCCCCGUGAUUGACGUUGGCCCUGUCGGCGUGGUGGACAUUACCCCCGUGGUUGACGUCAGCCCUGUGCAGGUCGUAGACCUUACCCCCGUGAUCGACGUCGGCCCUGUUGGCGUGGUGGACAUCAGCCCUGUGGUCGCCCCCGAGCCUGUGCACGUCGUCGAUAACGUCGCCGGAGGAGUGCUUGUCAACACCCCUGUUGUCACCCCCGUCCACCACUAAACUGAGUGAAUGAUCUACACAAGAACACCUCACGCAAUGUCCUCUUUUGAGUAGAUAAUAAAUAUAGCUUUGCAUACA